UCAGUCGAACAAAGAUCGUACAUCACGUAACUAUUCUCCGUGAUAACAUUUUGUAUUUUAAAAUGUUUAGAUUUUUUUCAUUGUUAUUAGUUGGAAUUUUGGUGAAGGAAGGAAGCGCUGGUUUGGCAACAUACCCUCAGCGUUGCGCACCCGGCGACUCUGAAUGCUACAUCACAACAAACACUCUGCAAGCUCUCUCACAAAUAGGCUAUGGACUACGCGAGUAUGGAAUCAAUUCUUUGGAACCCAUGUUAUUUAAGAACCUAACAAUAAGUCAAGGGGUCUUCAAUUUGGUAUUACCACAUAUGAAAAUGGUCGGCGCCAGAGGCUGUAAAGUUGCAGACAUGAAAUUGAAUUUUGCACAAUCAACAAUGACACUAACUUUAGAGUGUCCAUUGAAAAUAACAGGAAAAUACAAGUUCAAUGGAAAUGUAUACUUCUACGAAACCAGUCACGAAGGAAAUUAUGUUAUUAAAUCAGACAACAUAAGAACAACCAUAACUUUCCAAAUCGAAACGGUUCGUGGCGCCGAUGGCAACCGUUACUGGAAACUGAAUGUCUUGGAAUACGUGUACGAGCCACAAGAAACUCUUCGCAUACAACUUGAUAACCUCUUCACAGGCGAAGUAUCCAAAGAAUCACCAUUCUUCAGUCCGGCAACCGGCGAUUGGUGGCCUACAGUUGCGAAGACCGCGGAACCAAUAGUAAGUGCAGCUGUGGGUGGUCUUCACGGCUACCUGGAGGCAUUCUUCCAGCACGUACCACUUGAACAGCUCUCCACACAGAUAUUGCCAAGACCGAUCUACGAGAUACGGGCGCAGUCAAUUGCCGACUUAGAAUGCUUUAGUUUUAGUUCAGUGUCUGAUUUGCUGUAAUUACCAAGACAAUAAUUAACUUUACUGUAUUCGAUUUUAUACCCUUUUAUAAUAAAGGUAGUUAUUAAUGGA